AUGUAUCAUCAGUCUUAUCAACUACCUCCGCGGAAAGCAACCCCUCCACACGCCUCACCACCUGCAAGUCCCACCAGCGACCCGGAUACCAACCCUCCAGUCACCAAUAUACAUUACAUACUCCAUUCUCCAAUUUCACCCUUGUCGCCGGGCUCUCCCACCUUCCCUGAUGGUCUCCUCACGCCGCUAUGGGUGACCAAACACCAAGAUCUCGUUCCGGCCGUGGUGCUCAACUUCUUUCCCUUCUCCCUCGAUCCGAACAUGAACUCGCUCCGAGAUAACCAAUUGAAAAUUGAGAUCAAUAGUCUGAAAAAAGAGUGGUCAUCGUCAGGGGUCAAGACACAAUUUGUGGUGGUUUUGAUUUCCGAAGAAGGUGACGGAGGCCUUACGGGGGAGAUCGAUGACCGCGUGGCGGCAAUCCGACGAUCAACAAAUCUCGAUCAAAAGUCUAUCUUUAUAAUCCCGCCGGAUGCCACACCUUCGGAGCUGAAGGAGUUUGUGACAUCUUUAUUCUCGCUGUUGCAGCCUUCGGUGGUGGAAUACUAUCGAGACUUGUCAAAGCAUGCUCGGCGCAAGCGAAAUCGGGGUAACAUACCUCCCCCAACCGCACCACCGACGAGUGGCACAUCCCAGACACUAUCGUUUCAGGGCUGGAACGUACGAUAUGAAUUCAAACUUGGCAUAUUUGCUGAGUUUCGUCAAGAGAUGGAUGCCGCGUGUCGAAAUUAUGAGAGCGCUUAUGAUACAUUAUUCGGACAAGAGGUCUUUGAAAAUAUUGCGGGCUGGGAUGCUCGCUUCAAUGACGCGCGUUUACUGGGUGACGCUCUCGCCAUCCGUAUUAUACGCUGUCUACUGUGGUCAAAUCAGACCACUGCAGCAACUCGUUUUUGGGUUGACCAUAGACUUCGUACCCAAGACAUUGUCAAUCGAAGGGGUAAAGGAAGUAAAAACUAUGGAUGGGAGGCCUGGGAAGCACGAUGGUCCAUGAUCAUGGCCCACCUAAUACGACGCGCAGAAACAUCACUAUCGUCGGAGAGCUCUAACCAGGAAGCAUGGGAGAUCCCUUCGAUCUACAGUGCCCCCGAGAAAGCCAUCCCUACCGGGGAACGAGUGAGCCCGUGGGAGCAUCUGCACCAUGAGGGAUAUUGGUUAUAUCGCUCGGCAAAGCAUACUAUGCGUCGACGAGCCUUAGCGGAGCGAAUUCCCGAUGAGGACCGUAUAAGUCCUGGUCAAUCUCCUGCCUCUCAAGUUGCGAGCAAAUCAUAUUUGUACGAUACCUAUCUCUCUCCGCAGCCACAUCUUGAAUCCAUCAAGCCAGGACAAACAGGUUUCGAUCAUUCCUCUCUGAUUCUGAGCACCCUACAAGAUGCUCUUGAUGAGUUUUCAAAGCGGGGCCAGAUCCGAAAGGUGGAACAUCUUAGCCUGGAGAUUGCUCAAGAAUAUAUGCGAAAUGGCUCUUGGUCUGAAGCAUAUGGUGUGUUGCAGCCUCUCUGGCCAAACCUGACUUGGCGUCAGUCAGGAUGGUGGUACUUGAUGGAAAGCUUUGGGUGGGCAUUGAGAGAGUCUGCCCUCAAGUUACAGGAGUGUGAGACCGUUCUUCGAGUGGAUUGGGAGCUUCUCAACAAAGUAUUCCCAUCAAGAUCUGCUGCGCACUACGACAUCCACAAGAGUCUUGAGGGUGUUUCGAUCGAGAAGCCCAAACCAUCUGUCGUUCUCCGAGCAGAAGAUGUGAUCACUAGCCUAACCGCAUCUCUUGUGUUUGAAAAGUCCGAGGGCAACGUUGGUGAACCUCUUCAAGCUCAACUUCUCAUCACAUCCUGUGCCCAAAAAUCUUCAUCUCCCAUCAAACUUUCAGAAGUGAAACUGGGAUUCGAGGGUUGCCUUCGCCCCAUCAAACUCCAAUCCGACCAAAAUAAGAAACCCGACAUCACUACAUUAUCUUGCAUCUCGCAAAUAGCUCUGCGGGAACCCAGCAUUCAAGACGACUCAUCUCUGCAAUCACCGACCGGCGGCUUGACCACUCUCGUUGGUGUUGCUGAUUUGACCAUCGGGCCUGGUCAAACUAAGGUGUUCAAUCUAACAUGCAUUCCUCGCGAAGCUGGAGAGGCCCAAGUCGCCUCGAUAGCAAUGCUAGUGGAGGAAGAAAAAUUCGAUCUCACCUACGUUAUAACAGAACACAGUACGCACGAAUCCUACUUGUGGAAGCAAACCCAGAAGGGACCAACCCGCAGAAGGAUCGGAAAAGACCGUGAUGUUGGGAAAUGCAAGAUUAUGCCCAAACCGCCCAAGAUUCGGAUCUCUACUCCUAACCUCAAAAGCACCUACUAUACUAAUGAACGGGUGGCGCUGCGCAUCAGCAUCCAUAACGAAGAGGAUGAGGCUGCUGAUGUUUCAGCCGAAAUCAGACUGUUUGGGCCUCCGGAUUCCACCACAAAGCUCAAAUGGCUUGAUGAAGAUGAUAUUCCCGAGCCUGAAGAAUCAAGGGCGAGCUCCCCGACGGAGGGUGCAUCUCAUUUUAUCAAGAGGGCCGUUGGAGCCAUGGAGCGUGCUUCGGAUAAAGAUCUUGUUGUUGUUUUGGCCGACAGCCAGGAGGCCGCGAAACACACCCUUGAAAUCUCCGCGGUUUACCAUCUUGUCUCUGACGUUCAAACACCCAUCUUGAAAACUAUAACAGUGGACCUGUCAUUUAUUCGUCCCUUUGAAGCCAACUACGAUUUCUUACCUCGCGUUCACUCCCAACCUUGGCCGAACUUCUUCUCGGUCGAUGACGAUCUGGUUGGAGACGAUGCCAGCGCAACAGCAGGCGGCUUGUUGCAGAGGUGGUGCCUCAAUUCCAAAUUGGUUUCGUUUGCUCUGGAGCCUCUCGUGAUCGAUCAGAUGUCUUUGAAGCUUCUUACUGUGAGUGGUGGGGCUAUUUGUAGCCUCGAGCCUGAGACCCUAGUCAGUCCAGAAACACCACAAAUUGCAGCGGAGGAGCUGCGCGAGUCGAAUUUCUUCCUUGACAUACAAAAACUCACGCUUGGAGACCGGCGACCAUCCGCGCUCAACUUUGCAUUGGAGAUUGUCUGGCACCGUGCAUCCAGUGACCCAGAUAAUGAAGGUGAUACUACUGUGACUAUUCUGGAAGUCCCUCGCUUUGUGGUUCCUAUGGGUGAACCCCGGGUGCUUGCCUCUUCGACUCCUUCAAGUGCUCUAUCCGGCCUUAUCCACCUGGAGUAUACCAUCGAGAAUCCAUCCACCCAUUUCCUCACAUUCAAUUUGAUCAUGGAAGCCAGUGAACACUUUGCUUUCAGUGGUCCCAAGACAAUGGUGAUUCAACUGGUUCCGCUCAGUCGUCACACAGUUCGCUACAAUCUUCUGGCCGCCAAACGUGGCCUCUGGAUUCAACCCCAGCUGGUGAUUGUGGAUACUUAUUUCAACAAGACCCUGCGGGUUCUUCCUACUGGUGAGAUGCGUCCAGACAAGAAGGGGCCAUUGGUGUGGGUCGAUGCAGAGGACUAG